AUGGCAACAAUUGCAUACAUAUUUGCAUUUUCAAAUUCUAUAGCUCUAGUUAUCAUUGCAGCGGUUGCCUUUCUACUCUUUCUUUGUUUCUGCCCGAGGAAUGGGCAACCCCGUAAUUGGCCCCUCAUUGGGAUGUUGCCCAUGCUGCUGCUAACCAGUUUUAUAUUUGACAGUGUCACUGAAGUUUUAGAGUUCUGUGGCGGCACCUUUGAGUUCAAAGGACCUUGGUUUGGCAACAGGGAUAUGAUUUUCACCGCUGAUCCCGCGAACGUGCAGCAUUUAUUGAGUACAAACUUCUCCAAUUAUCCCAAGGGUCCCGACACCAGAAGGAUUUUCUCGGCCUACGGGCAGAUCCUAUUUGCCGCGGACCAAAAGGAUUGGAGAUUUCAUAGGAAAUUCGGUCUCGCUUUUUUCCACAACCAACAGUUGCAACAUUUCACGGUUAGGAUAAACCAGGAAGUUCUUGAAAAAGGGCUUGUUCCAGUUUUGGAUCAUGCUUCUGAACACGGGAUUACGAUAGAUUUGCAAGAUGUGUUCCAAAGGGCUAUGCUUGAUGCAACAUUCAUGAUGAUCAGUGGCAAAAACCGCGGCUCCCUCUGCGUUGGACUGCCAAAAGAUGUUGUUUUGGAAGCCUUGCAUGAUGCUAGUGAUGUGAUAUUGCUUCGCCAUAUUCUCCCAGAAAGAUUUUGGAUGUUCCAAAGGUGGCUAGGAGUUGGUGCAGAGAAGAGACUCAGUAAAGCUUGCGAAGUCUUGGAUGAAGCAGCAGCAGAAUGCAUCAAGAUUUGGAAAGAGCAAACCGGCAAUAUUUCCAAAUCCGAGCAUGGUGAGGAAAGUUUGGAUGCAAUCACAUUUUUUUACAAUGGGAAGGAGUUCCUGGAAUCAGUUGGGGGGCAAGACUACACUAUGAGAGAAAUUGUAAAAGGAAUUAUAUUUGCAGGAACGGAUACAGCUUCACCAGUUUUAUCUUGGUUUUUUUGGCUUCUUUCGAAGAACCCCAUUGUUGAAUCCAAGAUUAGAGAAGAUCUUGCGACUAGUGAGGCCCCUGAUCCAGCUAGAUUUUGGGAUGAAAAGAAGAUAUCGUAUUCUGUGAUUCAUUACAGAUGCAGUGCCCAAAACAUUCCAAGAUUCAGUGCCAUACUUGUCUUUGGUGAUUCGGCCGUCGAUCCCGGCAACAAUAAUUACAUAACCACAAUAGCUAAAGGCAACCAUGCUCCAUAUGGCAUAAACUUCCCUGGUAAAAUUUCGACUGGGAGAUUUUCUGAUGGAAAACUCGUCCCAGAUCUUCUGGCAUCCAUGUUAGGCCUCAAGGAAACAAUCCCGCCGUUUUUGCAGCCAAAACUAUCGGAUCAAGAACUGCUCACAGGUGUCUCCUUUGCAUCAGCUGCUGCAGGAUUUGAUGAUGAAACCUUUGCUAGCAAACAUAAUUCCAAUGUCCAAGCAACCACAAUAUCUUAA